GUGCGCGCCUCAGCCGCCCCGCUACCGCCCGGCCCCCGCCCCGCCUCGCCGCCGCCGCCGCCGCCGCCCGCCCGGCCGGCCGGAAGGAUGCGCUCCCGGAAGUUCCGGUGCUGCCGCUGUGUGGGAUAAACAGUAAUGGCGGAGGCGGUGGCUCUGGGAACAACGGCGGGGGCCGCGGCCCUGGGAACAUCCGCCGCGGCGGCCGCGGGAGAGAUGGCCGCGGCAGAAAUGGCCGCGGCCUUCGACUUCGCGGCCGUGCCGCCGCCCAUGGCGGAGCUGGGAGGCGGCGGCUGGACCAAGCAGGUCACUUGCAGAUAUUUCAUGCAUGGAGUUUGCAAGGAAGGAGACAACUGUCGCUACUCCCAUGACCUCUCCACUAGUCAGUCUGCCAUGGUGUGCAGGUAUUAUCAGCGAGGAUGCUGUGCUUAUGGAGAUCGUUGCAGAUACGAACAUACCAAGCCACUGAAACAGGAAGAAAUGACUGAUAUGAAUCCAGAAGCAGAAAUUUAUCCCUCAGUAUCCUCAGACUUCGCAUCGCUCCCUGAAACAGUUGAAGAAAUUAUCGCUGAGAUUGAAGAUGAAGAUGCAGAUCUGGCAGCUGCAGGAGUAGGUGCUGAAGACUGGGUGAAUGCUGUAGAGUUUGUCCCUGGGCAGCCGUACUGUGGACGUGCUGCUCCUUCCUGUGCUGAAGCACCCUUGGAGGAAAUGGUGAUUGAGGAAGAAUACGAAAAGCAGCAAGCAGACGUGGAGAUAAAGAAGGAGCUGUGCCCCUACGCUGCAGUAGGAGAAUGCCGUUACGGAGAAAACUGCGUGUAUAUCCAUGGGGAUGUGUGUGAUAUGUGCGGGCUGCAGGUCUUGCAUCCAAUUGAUGCAGCACAGAGAUCCCAGCACAUAAAGUCUUGCAUUGAAGCUCACGAGAAGGACAUGGAGCUUUCAUUUGCCGUCCAGCGUAGCAAAGACAUGGUGUGCGGGAUAUGCAUGGAGGUGGUGUAUGAGAAAGCUAAUCCUAGUGAGCGCCGCUUUGGGAUCCUCUCCAACUGCAGCCACACUUACUGUCUCAAGUGCAUCCGCAAGUGGAGGAGUGCUAAACAAUUUGAGAGCAAGAUUAUAAAGUCCUGCCCAGAAUGUCGGAUCACAUCUAACUUUGUCAUUCCAAGUGAGUACUGGGUGGAGGAGAAGGAAGAGAAGCAGAAACUCAUUCAGAAAUACAAGGAGGCAAUGAGCAACAAGCCAUGCAGGUAUUUCGACGAAGGCCGUGGGAGCUGUCCAUUUGGAGGGAACUGUUUUUACAAACAUGCGUAUCCUGAUGGCCGCCGAGAGGAGCCCCAAAGACCCAAAGUGGGUACAUCAAGUAGAUACCGGGCCCAGCGGAGGAAUCGGUUCUGGGAGUUCAUCGAGGAGCGGGAGAACGGUGAUCCGUUCGAGACGGACGAGGAUGAGGUGGUGACCUUUGAGCUCGGUGAGAUGUUGCUUAUGCUGUUGGCAGCAGGAGGUGACGAUGAGCUAACGGAUUCCGAGGACGAGUGGGACUUGUUUCAUGAUGAGCUGGAAGAUUAUUAUGACUUGGAUCUAUAGCACCUGUCAGUGGAGUGUGGACUGUCGUCUUGGCUUCAGGCAGUAGCUAUUACCUGUGGUGUUGUGGCAGUGCCUGUGUUUCUCUUAGGCAGGCCGAUCAAUUCCAGGUGCUGUUGUAAUAACUUUUACCCAGGGUCUGUCUCUUCCCAUCCCCUUCCACCCCGGGAGUGUUGUUUUUCCUCUGUUUAAACGAAUAACAAGAAAUAAAUCUUUAAAUUGUUA